CUUAUGGAAUUGUGCUGUCCCUCCGUUGUCCUCAGCAUUGUUGCAUUUAAUGUUCUCACCCAUGACUAAAUAGAGGUUGUGUCUAUUCCAUUUGCAAAUGGUUCAAAUCUGAGAGAAAUAGUUAAUAUAGUGGAUGGCAGAGAUAUGUUUGAAAAACAAUUAGAUAAAUAUUAAUAGAAUAUGUAUUCUGCAUUGAGAUUUAGAAAGUCAGCUUUGUGUGGAAGGGAUUUGAGAAACCCUCACCUAUUUAUCAAUAGUUCAGUUCUAAAAGAUUUGUAGUUUUGAAUAACCUUAGGCUAAAUUGGAGUAAGGGAUGGUUCUACUUCAUUCAUUGAUUAGACUGCAUCUAGAGUACAGUUUAAUUUUGAAUUUAUCCACUCAUUCUGAAAGUAUUUUAGGAUGCCUCUUAUAUGCUAAGCCAUGUGGUAGCCAUCAGAUAUGCAUUAGGGAACAAGACACACAUAGUCCAGCCUUCACUUGAGUUUUCAAGUCAAAUACUAAUCUAGUUGAAUAUUCUAGAACUAAAAGAAGAGAGUUUCAAGACAGUGAUGGAGUUAGGUAGGGAUAAUAUACAGAGUCUUGUUCUUCAUAAUGGCAAUAAGAAGGCAUUGCAGGGCAGGGGCGGCGCUGAGCAUGCCGGGAGUGGUAGUCCCCGCGGCCGGCUCCCGCCAGUGCCCCGGAGCCCAGGGCCGCGGCGGUCCGAGGACGAGGGCGGAGCGGCCGCCGCGCCUGCGCAGAAGGCCGGGGCCGGCGAGACGCCGGCGGCGCGGGGGAGAUGAUCCACAAGAUGAAAACAAAAUUGGAAUCGAUGGGAUUCAACAGUUUUGUGAUGAUCUGAGCCUAGAUCCUGCCAGUAUCAGUGUGUUGGUCAUAGCGUGGAAGUUCAGGGCAGCAACUCAAUGUGAAUUUAGCAGAAAGGAAUUUCUAGAUGGCAUGACAGAACUCGGGUGUGACAGCAUGGAGAAGCUAAAGGCUCUUCUGCCAAGACUAGAGCAGGAGCUGAAGGACACAGCCAAAUUUAAAGAUUUUUAUCAGUUUACUUUCACUUUCGCUAAGAAUCCAGGGCAGAAAGGUUUAGACUUAGAAAUGGCUGUUGCGUAUUGGAAGUUAGUGUUAUCUGGAAGGUUUAAGUUUCUAGAUCUCUGGAACACGUUCUUACUGGAACAUCACAAAAGAUCAAUUCCAAGGGACACCUGGAACCUCCUGCUGGACUUUGGAAACAUGAUUGCAGAUGAUAUGUCUAACUACGAUGAAGAAGGAGCUUGGCCUGUUCUUAUAGAUGAUUUUGUAGAAUAUGCACGGCCGGUAGUCACAGGUGGAAAACGCAGCCUUUUCUAGGCAGCAAGUUAAGCAGGAGUAAGAUGAUGAAAUGAUUUGUAUCCUGCAAGGAGAUUUCGGUCAGUUCCUGGGUGCGUUGUCACUGAUUCCAGAGUUCCUGGGUGCAUUGUCACUGAUUCCAGAAGUCAUUCUUGACCCGCUGACCCGCCAUGGAACCAGAGGAGCCAUCCCAUUCUGCCGGAGGACAGCAGCGGCUGCUUUGUGGACACCGCAGGAAGUUCCCCAGGACAUGGCUGCUUUGGGAUGUUUGGAGAUUUGUCAUCAUAGCUGUUGCGUUAGGAGAUUUCUGCAUGAUUUUUUAGUAUUUACAAAACACUAAGGUAGAGCCGUGGCGCCGCCUGUGGGACCGCAGAGCAUGCUGCGUUGCUCACGCCAUCAGGCGAACCAGCGGCCAGCCGAACGCCGCCGAAUGAUGUUGCAGUGGCACUGGAAGCACGGCAUGUGUCCUCUGCAGGAUGCUGCGUUUUUAUAUAAGUCAAAGCUGUUAAGAAUGUGCCCUAAAGGAGAUGAUCUUGUCAUAGAGUCUAAUGUUUUUUAAAAUUGGUGCCAGGAAUUCAAGAUUUAUAUUUUUUGAAUUAUCAAAUAUCUAGAUUUACCAGCUCUAUUUUUGUUUCCAUUUUCUCUAGACAUACAUCUGAAAAUCAUUUUAUGGUUCUCAGUCCCCAUGUAGCUUUGCACAGCAACGGCACACAUGGCACAAUUCCAGCAGAGUUUAUCUCACACCAUUUAUACAUCAGUGGACCCCUCUUACUUAAAUGUUACCUGACCUGAGAAACUUCAUAAAGUGUGUUUUUAAAAAAUAUGUUUUAGUUAUAUUUUAAAAGACAUUUUUCCAUGAAAAACAUUUAUUUCAUGAGUGAUGAAUUGUAGAUUUUAAAAUCGAGGCCAGGCACGGUGACUCACGCCUGUAGUCCCAGCACGUUGGGAGGCCGAGGCAGGUGGAUCGCCUGAUGUCAGGAGUUCGAGACCAGCCUGGCCAACGUGGUGAAACCCCGUCUCUACUAAAAAUACAAAAAUUAGCCGGGCGUAGUGGCGCAUGCCUGUGAUCUGGGCUACUCGGGAGGCUGAGGCAGGAGAAUCGCUUGAACCCAGGAGACGGAGGUUACGGUGAGUCGAGAUUGCACCACUGCACUCCAUCCUGGAUGACAGA